UAUUUUUGACAAAAUUGUAUUGGUGUUUUUAAGUACGAAUAUAAAAAAAAAAAAAAUGGAGAAAGUUGAUGUCGAUGAAAUGUGUUUGUGUUGAUAAACGAUUAAAAUGGCCGCCGUUUCGUUUCGAGUACAACAAAAAUUUGGUGCUUAUUGAUUCGUUUUUUUAAUUUCCAAAACAGAAAUUACGUUAAGUCUUCGUAUAAAUGGAUCGACUUGUGGAAAAACCUUUUUGUAAGUUUUGCACUGUAAAAUAAAGGACGUGAAUUUACCGCUAUGCUGUAGUAAGUACUGCCAGUGAUUUUUUUUAUUUGAAAAUUUAUAUUGUGAAUGUUUAUAAUGUCCCUUGUGCUCGUGAGUAUAUGAUAGUGAACCUUGUGAAAAAUUUUGUAAUAAAAUCAUAAAAUGAGCAAAAGAACCGGUCGUAAGCCAAAACGUGAACGUACGUCAAGGCGUCGUACUAGGCGGCAUUCGUCUACGUCUGAAACUUCAUCAGAAGAUGUGCCACCCCCUAAAGUUGGCAAAACCCGAGCUACUAGCAGAGUUGACGAGGGUGAAAGGAAGGUUGCACUUACGAUAAAACUGCCUAAGCCAGAAAGUAAUGAUUGCAGUGAAGAGAAUACCACUGGUAUGUGGAAAGUUGAGUGUUCCAAUGGAUCAGAUGGUGAUAUUCAGAAGUUAAAAAUUAGUUUGAGGCGUUCUCCUAAGGAUUUACUUAGAGAACAGGCUGCUGAAGCUAAAUAUUCAGCUGAAAGAAAAGAAAAAGAAGAAGCUGCAGGCAGUUCAACAAACACAUCUAUGUUGGAUGGUAGCGUUACAAAUUAUUUAGAACAGUUUUGUAGUACUGUGGCUAUUGAAGAAAGUGAACAAAACAUAGUUGAUUCUAGUGAACAAGUGCAAGUUAUCCCUCCCAAUGAACCAUCAUGCAAUCAAGAAAAUGAUGAUGACCAAAUUGACAGCGUUGAAGUUUCAUCUGAAUUCAUAACACCUGAUGAAGAACCUAUUGUAGAAAAUACCUCUACUGAUGAACAACUUAUUGAUGCAGUAGUUAGUGAAUCUAAAGUUGAAGAAAAAGAAAUUCACGAAGAAGUUGUAGAACCUGCUGCUAUCAUGGUAGAGUCAAUCAAUUCCAUUAAUUCAUCAAAAGAUUUUCCAGACUCUACAGUCCGUCCAUCCGUUGAUGAAUUUGAUGUAUCAGAACCUGUUUUAGAAGAAAAUUGUGUAACUAUUGGAGAAGUUAUUGAUAUUCCAAUAGCUUUAAAUGAAAAGAUUCAGGAUAUUGUACCAGAAUCUAUUGAAAGUGUAGUAAAUGAACCUGAAGUCUUAGAAACUGCAUCAAAUGUUGAGAUAAAUACAAUAGAUGAAAACCCAGUACAAGAAGAGUUCAAUAAACCUGAUUAUAUUAAUGAUUCAGAACAAAUGGAAGAUGUUGUACAAUUAACUGUUGAAUCACCAGAUUUAGUUGAUGAUGAAGAUCCUAAACCAAUUGAGGAAGAAACUAAACUAGUUGGAGAAGAAGAACCUAAACCAGUCUAUGAAGAAGAAUCCAAUUCAGUUAAUGUAAAUGAAAUAGAAUCUAAACCAGUAAAUGAAGAUGAAUCUAAAUUAGUAGAUAAAAAAGAAAUUACACCAAUUGAAGAAUCUUAUAAAGUUUUAUCAUCAGAUAUACCUAAUAUAAAACAGGUUGAUGGUGAAAAAGAAUUAAAUGAAACGCCAAAACAAUUGUCUUCACACCCAAAACGUAAAUGGGGCUCUUGUAAAACAAGAACACCUAUAACGAUAAGUCCUUUUACUUUAGGUACUAUAAUAGAAUCUAAUGGGGAUUCUAUUGCUGAUAAUGGUGAGUAUCGAUCAGAAGAAGGAGAAAUACAAAGGACAGAUUCAGAUGACGAACAAGAUGUUGAAGAAGCCAUGGAAAUUAACGACACUAUGUUAAUUGAUCACGAAGCGGUUGAUUACGAAGCACCAGAAGAAGAAGAGAAACCUUUCAUAGAUAACGAUGAUAAUAAAUCGGAUAAGUCAUUGGGAGAAGAAAUAAAUGAAGUAGAGACAAAAAAAAAAUCAUCUGUAAAGCGUACUACAACUACUAGUGUAAUUCGUAUUACAAACCUUGUCAGGCCAUUCACUGUGGGCCAACUAAGAGAUUUGUUGCAAAGAACAGGAAAAAUUGUUUCUAAUGGAUUUUGGAUAGAUACAAUUAAAUCCCAAUGUAUUGUUGAAUAUGAAAAUGAAGAUCAAGCCAUUGAAACUGUAUAUGCACUCAAUGAUUCCCAAUGGCCUUCCACCAAUCCAAAAUUUUUGAGAGUAGUUUUUACAAAUAAAGAAGAAUUAAAUAAAGCCCUGAGUGGAACUCAUCCAGACCGAUUAGAUAAACAAAAAGAGUCUAAAGUAGAAAAACUUAGAACACAGGUAGAAAAUCAUUUUAUUUUACGAGAAUGGGAUAGAGGUAAAUUGGAAGAUAUGAAUGGUGAAGAUGAAAAAGAUGAGAAACCUAUUAAAAGAAAAAUAUCUGACGAUCUUCAUACUAUAAAAGAUAAAAAAUUAAAGAAGGACGAAAAAGAUCUACAAGAUAAACAUAAAAAGUCAAAAACCAAAACACCAGAUCGUAUUCCUACAAAAAGUUUAGAUGAGCUUUUUCGGAAGACCAAAACUACUCCAACCCUUUAUUGGUCUCCACUUUCUAUUGAACAGAUUGCAGAGAAAGAAGACCAACGACGUAAACAUCUUGCAGAGAUGGAACGGUCUCAAAAGACUGACCGUAGGAGAAGAGAUAACCUUCAUUAUCCUAAGAGACGUUAGAAUUUAUGUAUUACAAGUAUUUUAUAUUUUAAAAAGAAUACCUACAUUUUAUACAAAUCGGUAAAACCUUUGAGUUUUGUCACCAUGUACCAAAGGGUUAACUCAUUACACAUAGUAAAAACCGCAUAAUUAUUGUAGGCUAAUUUUUUCAUAUACUGUAUUUUUUUUAGGGAUAUCACAAUCCACAAACUGUUUUUAUGAUAUUUUGAUUAUAAUUCGUCUUUACGUUAAAUAAUUUUAUUUAUCAUAAUAAAGACUGUAUAAAAUAAAAUUACCUACUGUUAUUUUUGUAUUUACUUGAUGUUUAAAUUUCAUAUUAGUUCAUUUUAUUGUUUAGAAAUAAUUUUGCCUUACAACCAGGUGUUGUGGUGUUUAUUAUGUUAGCAAUAACAUUAAUUUAUAUUUUUCAUGCUUGAAUUAACUCCUGAAAAAUUUAUGUGCAAACACUGUAUAAAAUGUUUUAAAAGCUAUUAAAGUUUAUAUUGAUCAGAAAAUAUAAAAAUAAUAAUAAAAAAUGACAAUUUAUGAACACAAUUUGGUUUAAUAUACAAUAUUUUACAGUUAAGUUACAAUUUAUGAAUGUUGGAAUUUUUUUUUUUUGUUUUCUUGGAUUCAUUUUAUUUUAUUAGUUUAAUUGUCAAACUUAAUAACAAAAGGACCAUGGGCUAUAUAAUAUUUAAAAAAGACUGAUUAUUGAUGUCAGGAUAAGAAAAGUUUAACAUGUUUAUUGGGUCAAUAUGGUUUUUUGUUUAUAUUAUUAAUAAUAUUGUUCACUAGUAUGAUAUUAAUGAUUGUAGACUUCAUAAAUACAGUUAUUGCAGCUUAUAAUUUUAAUCAAUAUAAUUGUACAGAAAGUAAAUUAUAUCAGAAUUAUAUUCCCAAUGUUUGCACUCUGUGCAUACUGAAUACCGAUCAUUUGGUAACUAUCGCCUUUACAUUGUAUUUUGUUAUAUUUUCUUAGAUAAAGUUAUG